AUGCCGCUCCUGCGAGGAGAAUUGUUCAACAGCCCCUCGACCCUCUUGGGCACAGCCUCCGGGGUGGUCCUCAUCCUCCUGGUCGCCUACGUCUUGUACCAGCAAUUCCUUCACCCGCUGGCGGGCUAUCCAGGCCCGUUACUGGCAUCUCUUACAGACCUCUGGCAGGUUCAGCAGUACCUCACCUUGCAACAGCCAUACACCCUAACCCAACUCCACGAGAAGUAUGGCGAGUUUGUGCGUUAUGGGCCCGACAAGCUCAGCAUUACGGCGAAGGAGGCCGUACCCAUCAUCUACCAGAAGGGUGGCCGGCGAUUCCCCAAAACGGAGUUUUACGAUGCUUUCGGUGGCAAAACGCCCAAUGUCUUCGGAAUGAGAUCUGACGACCGCCAUGCCGUCCGCCGCCGCCACAUGUCGCACGGCUUCUCCAUCAGCAGCGUCAAGGAAAUGGAGCACUAUCUCGACGCCAACGUCAAGCUUCUGCGGCAUAAGAUCGCCGGCUUCGCGCGAGACGGGCGCCCCUUUGACCUCAAAAAGCUCCUCCACUACUACACCAUCGACGUCCUUGGCGAGCUCGCCUUCAGCCACUCCUUUGGCGUGCAGGUCUCGGGCGACGAGUCGCUGGUGCCGCGCGUUGUGCCGCACACGCUACUCGGCUCCGUCACGGGCGCCUGGCCGUCUAUGACCCAAAGGCUGAAGCGGUGGCUUCCCCUCGUGCCGCACGCCGGACUGCAAGAUCUGUUCCGCAGCCGCGCUGAGGUCACGCGGCUGGCGUCCGAGUGCGUCGAGCGCCGCCUGGGACAGGUCAAAGAGCAGGGCGCGGGGCACAGGCCGGACAUCUUGACGAGACUAAUCCAAGCGGAGAAUCCCGAUACGGGCGAGCACUUGCCGAGGAUUGACCUCGAGGCCGAGGCGUUUGGGUUCCUCAUUGCAGGCACGCAUACCACCAGCGCCACGACCGCUCUGCUCUUUUGCAACCUCCUGCGCAACCCAGAGGCCCUAGCAGCGUGUACGCGCGAGGUCAGCGACAGUCUCCCGCUCUUAGACGACGACAGGCCCGCGUGCAGCGUCACACAGGUCGAGACUCACCUCCCGUACCUCCGCGCUUGCGUGCGUGAAAACUUUCGCCUUACGCCCGUCUUCAGCAUGCCGCUGGAGCGCCACGUCACGGAGCCCGAGGGCGUGUUCAUCAGCGGCCGCCACAUCCAGCAGGGGAUGGUCGUCGCUGUCUGCAACCACGCCUUCCACCACAAUCCGCGCGUCUGGGGCGAUGACCAUGACGUCUUUGACCCUUCGCGCUGGGAUGACGACGCCACGGCCACCCGUGCUCGCUACCUGAUGCACUUCGGCCUCGGCUCCCGGCAGUGCAUCGGCAAGACGCUGGCGCUGAGCAACGUUUACAAGCUCGCCGCCACGUUGCUGCGCGAGUUUGAGUUUGAAAUCGCGAACGCAGAGGAGCGGCAGGCGGCGGCCCGCGGUGGGUUCCGCGGGAAGCUGCCUGAGAUGAUCAGUGUUGGAGUCAGUGAUCUCAAGGGGCCGCUGAUGGUGACAGCCAAGGCUGCCGGACGUAACAAGAACAAAGACAACAAGAGUAAAGAGUAUCGCCAUCUCAACAGUAAGGAAUACGCAUUCCUCAACACCCAAAAUGGCCAUGUUACCGCGACUCUUAGCACAUCUCAAGAUAUGAUGGAUGGUUGCACCCCAGACUGUAAUAGGUCGCCCAACCAAGCAACACCAAGCCUCCCCUCAGAAAACCUUCGCCGCUCCUUCCUCUGUACCUUAACAACAUAG